AUGGCGCCUCAGCAAGCAACUGCCACCGAGGCUCCCACUGAGCCCGCUGGUACUCAGCCUGAAGCUGAACUCAGCAAAGGCCCAGGGACUCCCACCGAGUCUGCUGUGGUUGAGACCCAGGACCAGCAGGAUGGUGUGCGCGUCGCAGAGGCCGUCACCAAGUCGUGGUCGAAGAAGUCCUUGAUCAUCGCCUAUGCUUCGAUGUGGAUGAUCUACUGGGUCAACGGGCUGAACAACAACUUCACCGCGAACCUGUCGCCGUACGUCACCAGCGGCUUCGAGUCUCACUCGCUGCUCUCCGUCAUCACAGUCAUCACCAGUGUGGCAGGUGCAGCAUGUCCGAUGCCAAUUGCAAAGGUACUCAACCUGUGGGAUCGGACGCUGGGAAUGGCGAUCAUGAUCGUGAUUGCUAUCAUGGGCCUCAUUAUGAUGGCCGCCUGCAACAACAUUGCAACAUACUGCGCUGCGCAGGCCUUCUACACGGUCGGCUUAACUGGUGUGAUCUUCUGCGUGGACGUCAUGACCUCCGAUACCUCCUCCCUGCGCAAUCGAGGCAUGGCCUACGGUUUUACCUCGUCGCCCUAUAUCAUUACAGCCUUUGCAGGCCCGAGCCUGUCGAACCAAUUCCACGAAUCCAACUGGCGAUGGGCCUACGGCACCGCUUGUAUCCUUCUCCCAAUCGUCGCCAUGCCGCUGCUCAUCACUUGGGAGGUGGCCAAGCGCAAGGCAGACCGCGAGGGAAAGCUUCAGUACAAGCCUCGCAGCACGCGUACAUGGUGGCAGAGCAUCUGGUUUUAUGUUAUUGAAUUUGAUGUCAUUGGAAUCUUCCUCAUGGUCGGCGGCCUCAUCCUCUUCUUGACCUCGUUCAACAUCGCCGGGAAUACCGAAGGCGAGUGGCAAUCAGCCAAAAUCAUCGCCAUGCUGGUCGUCGGUUUCUGCGUCCUCCUCGCCUUCGGUGCCUACGAACGAUGGGGGGCCACCAAGCCGUUCAUCCCCUAUAAGCUGCUCGCCAACCGCACCGUCAUCGGUGCCUGCCUGCUCGAUAUCACAUACCAAAUCUCCUACUACUGCUGGGCCAGCUACUACACAUCCUUCCUGCAAGUCGUCUACAACACCAGCCUCACCCAGGCCGGAUACAUCAGCGCCAUCUUCGACCUCAUGGACCCCAUCUGGCUAAUCGGCUGCGGCUACCUGAUCAAACUAACCGGCCGCUUCAAAUGGAUCCUCAUGUGGGCAGUGCCCCUAUACCUCCUCGCCAGCGGGUUAAUGAUCUACUUCCGCAACCCCGGCUUCAGCGUCGGAUACAUGUGCAUGUGCCAGAUCUUCCUCGCCAUCGGCGGCGGCACCAUGAUUCUCAUCGAGCAGAUUGCCGUCCUCGCCGCAUCCAGCCACGAGGAAUACGCCUCCAUGCUGGCCCUGCUCAGCGUCUUCGGCAACGUCGGCGGUGCAGUCGGAAGCAGUGUCUCUGGCGCCAUCUGGACAAACAUCCUCCCUGCCAAGCUGAGAGAAUACCUGCCCGCUGAGACGCGGGACUCGUGGGCGAGUAUCUAUGAAGACCUCGAGGUACAGCUCAGCUACCCGGUUGGAUCGGCGACGCGGACUGCGAUUCAGUAUGCGUAUGCCUCGACGCAGCGGUACAUGAUGAUUGCUGGGACGGCGUUGAUGGGGCUGGCUAUUAUUUGGGUCCUGAUCAUGAAGAAUAUCAAGGUGAACAGCCAGAACGAUGUCGCAAAGGUUUUGUUCUAG